GUUCGUGCCUGGACAUCUUUCUUUUUCUGAAUUUAAUCGCGGAUCGUAAUUAAUUGUGGUUCGAGUGCCGAAUCUCAUAAAUCGUCUUUUGUUCGUGAAACUGUGAUUAAUUUACUAUCCUAAUUUUUUAUUAGAUUCGUUUAUUCUUUUUUUCCUAUUUGUUGGUAAUUUUUGAAAUCAGUGCGUGGCAAAAUGACUGACAAGACGGGAAUUCUGUACCUCUUCGAUCGACCUUCUGAACCUGUCUACGUCCCUAAGGGAGACAACAAGGUCGCUUUUGACAUCCCACCUGAUUAUUUGCCUGAGAAGUACCGUUCCGUAGCUGUGCAAGUGUUCAAUCGUUUCAACGAUGACACGCAGUCGAAACUUCAAGUGAAGCAGAUCACUCUUCCUGAUCUCAGCAUUCCGAUGCAACUUGGACGCAAUUCGCCUUUCUCGCUGUUCAUUCCAGCUCAUCGAAGAAUAGCCACACGAUUAAUCGACAUUUUCAUGGGUAUGCGAACGUACGAUGACUUCCUGUCAGUUGCGGUUUACUGUCGCGAUCGUGUGAAUCCGAAUAUGUUCAUCUAUGCGCUGUCAGUGGCGAUACUGCAUCGCCCUGACACGAAGGACCUGCCAGUACCACCGUUGACAGAGGUAUUCCCGGACAAAUACGUGGAUGGUGGAAUAUUUUCCAGAGCUCGAGAAGAAGCUAACAUCGUGCCUGAAGGUUCCAGGAUACCAAUCGAGAUCCCAAGGGAUUACACCGCGUCAGACCUGGAUGCGGAACAUCGCGUAGCUUACUGGAGAGAAGACAUUGGAAUCAACCUUCACCACUGGCACUGGCACUUGGUGUACCCGUUCGAGGGUGGCGCAAGUAUCGUUAACAAGGAUCGACGUGGAGAGCUCUUCUACUAUAUGCAUCAACAAAUCAUGGCCAGAUACAAUUGCGAACGUCUGUGCAAUCAACUUGGACGGGUGAAGCGACUGCUGAAUUGGCGCGAACCGAUCCCAGAAGCAUACUUCCCAAAGUUAGAUUCCCUAGUUGCUAGUCGCUCGUGGCCAGCUCGACCUGCUGGCGCCGUGCUCAGCGACAUCAAUCGGCAGGUGGACGAACUGAACUUCGACCUACAGGACAUGACAAGAUGGCGCGACCGCAUAUACGAAGCGAUCCAUACGGGAUCAGUGAUUAAUGCUAGGGGUGAAAGGAUCCCGUUAACCGAGACGAAUGGAAUCGACAUUCUUGGUAACAUAAUGGAGGCCAGCAUCCUGUCUCCAAAUCAGAAUGUGUACGGUGACCUCCACAAUUUCGGUCACGUCGCUAUUUCUUACGUUCACGAUCCGGAUCAUCGUUAUUUGGAGAGCUUCGGCGUUAUGGGUGACUCAGCGACCGCCAUGAGGGAUCCAGUGUUCUACAGAUGGCAUGCCUUUGUCGAUGAUAUCUUCCAGGAACAUAAGAACACAUUACCCCCGUACACUGUAGAACAAUUGGACUUCCCAGGUAUCGAAAUAACGAAGGUCAACCUGACGACCAAUCAGCAACGCAAUGUAAUAAACACUUUCUGGACUAAGAGCGACGUAGACCUGUCUCGUGGACUCGAUUUCACGCCGCGUGGCGCUGUGCUCGCUAGAUUCACGCACUUGAAUCACGCUGAAUUUUCGUACAACAUUGUCGUUAAUAAUCGUAACAAUACGACGAAGACAGGUACCAUUCGUAUCUUCAUAGGACCUAAACAGGAUGAACGCGAACUGCCGUUCAAUUACAGACAGCAGAAGAAUAUGAUGAUCGAGAUGGACAAAUUCCCAGUAACGAUUCGUCCUGGAUCAAAUACGUACGAGCGUGGAUCAACAAAAUCCUCGGUAACCAUUCCGUUUGAGAGGACCUUCCGCAACUUGGACGCGAGUCGGCCAGGAGGAGGACAGGCGCUGGAGCAGUUCGACUUCUGCGGGUGCGGAUGGCCGCAGCACAUGCUGACACCAAAAGGAAAGAGGGAAGGCUUCCCGAUGGAUCUCUUCGUCAUGGUGUCUGAUUAUGCGAUCGAUGCUGUCGAUCAGGAUGAACCAACUACAUGCAGGGAUGCUGUGAGUUUCUGCGGAUUGAGAGACAGGAAGUAUCCUGAUACUCGUCCCAUGGGCUAUCCGUUUGAUCGUCAGCCUCGUUCUGGUGUCGAGAACUUGGUCCAGUUCCUCACCCGAAAUAUGGCGAUUACCGAGAUAUCCGUUAAAUUUUCGGACACGGUUGUGCCUAGAACUAGAUCUGGGAGCAUGGGCAACACGUUGAUGUUUACGUAAUGAGAUGUGUUCACGGAUUGUAUGUUUUUUUAUGUUGUUCUGAUGAGAAUCAGACAUACAAUGGCGUUUGUUUCGAGGUUAAAUUGAUAUAUUUAUUUUUCUCUUUAUUUGAAAUUGAAAAAUAGAUCAAAUAGUACUGACCCAUAUACAGAAGAGAAAGGAAACGAUGUCGA